AUGAAGAAAGCGCACGAGCGCCAGCAAGAAGACCGCGCUCAGACAGCGGCUCGCUCAUCGAAAGAUAUCGAGGCGGCCCAAGCUGGCUCAGCUUUCCGCUGCGCUAGCCGCCAUCUGGCCCUUGACGAGAGACAGGAAUCGGAUCGCCCACCAGUACCGGCCGCCAGUCCCGAGCCCGACCUCUUUGAACUGGGUCUGGUUCAAGACGAGGAAGAUUUCUACUACGUGAAGCUCGUUCUUGAGAAGCUCAGAUCUGGGGAAGAGCUCAAUGAGGCUGACCUGCCUGAUCCGCGCGAAGACAUUGACGGGAAUGAUCAGGAGCUAGACACAGGAAGUGCCAAGACGCAAGGUUUUUUCAAGAUUCCCGCCCGCGACAAAGCCAAGCACAUGCCAGACAGGAACAAAGCCAUUAUCGACACUUCGGCUGCUGCGGCUUUAGCUUCUGCUAGAGACAAUAGGGCUGAUAGUCGUCGCUUUGUUGCGAACCUGGAGCAGCAUAAGCGCGAGUCGGCUUCGGACACAGACGUUCUCAAAUUCAACCAAUUAAGGACACGGAAGAAGCAACUCAAGUUUGCCAAGAGUCCCAUCCACGACUGGGGAUUGUACGCAAUGGAGGUGAUUCCUAAAGGAGACAUGGUAAUUGAGUACGUCGGAGAGAUCAUUCGACAGCAGGUCGCCGAUGAGCGUGAGAAAGCACAGGAGCUGGCGGGCAUAUUUAGCACUUAUCUGUUCAGAGUUGACGACGAUACCGUUGUUGACGCUACUCACAAGGGCAACAUUGCUCGCUUGAUGAAUCACUGCUGCACUCCGAACUGUACAGCCAAGAUCCUGACACUCAACGGCGAGAAAAAGAUCGUCAUCUAUGCCAAAGAGCCGAUCCUGCCGGGGCAAGAAUUGACUUACGACUACAAGUCCAGCGCUGGCGAUGAAGACGCGAUACCGUGUCUGUGUGGCUCAUCAGGGUGCCGUCGAUUCUUAUAG